UGGAAACAGUAAGUGACAGCAAACUGAACAGCAAUUUAAGGACCAGGAUGCUGAGAAUUCAUCUCAGUUUAAUGCUUGUCAGCGUUCUUGGAGCCCCUCUGUUGGCUGAUGGCUCUAACAUACGACUCGUUGGUGGCAGUAACUCCUGCUCUGGUAGAGUGGAAGUCUAUUAUAAUAACCAGUGGGGAACAGUGUGUGAUGAUGACUGGGACAUGAAUGAUGCACAGGUGGUGUGUAGAGAGCUUGGAUGUCGUAAUGCUGUCAGCGCUAAUCAAAGUGCUGCAUUUGGUCGGGGAAGUGGCCCAAUAUGGAUGGAUAAUGUUCGCUGUUCCGGAAGUGAAAGCAACAUCACACAGUGCACUCAUAAUGGAUUUGGAAAACACAACUGUGGGCAUGGUGAAGAUGCUGGUGUAAUUUGCUCAGAUGGCGCUAACAUACGACUCGUUGGUGGCAGUAACUCCUGCUCUGGUAGAGUGGAAGUCUAUUAUAAUAACCAGUGGGGAACAGUGUGUGAUGAUUACUGGGACAUGAAUGAUGCACAGGUGGUGUGUAGACAGCUUGGAUGUCGUAAUGCUGUCAGCGCUAAUCAAAGUGCUGCAUUUGGUCGGGGAAGUGGCUCAAUAUGGAUGGAUGAUGUUCGCUGUUCUGGAAGUGAAAGUACCCUCACACAGUGCACUCAUAGGGGAUUUGAAAAACACAACUGUGGGCAUGGUGAAGAUGCUGGUGUAAUUUGCUCAGUUCAUGACCAGAUCAGGCUGGUGAAUGGUGCAAGUAACUGCUGUGGUCGAGUGGAGAUCAAGCACAAUGCCCAGUGGGGAACAGUGUGUGAUGAUGACUGGGACUUAAAGGAUGCAGAGGUGGUGUGUCGACAGCUUGGAUGUGGUAAAGCAGUCAGCGCUCCUCAUAGUGCCCGCUUUGGUCAGGGAAGUGAACCAACCUGGCUGGAUGAUGUUCGGUGUAAUGGGACUGAGAGCUACAUAGAUCAGUGCUCACACAGAGGAUUUGGAGUAGAGAACUGUGGACAUGGUGAAGAUGCUGGAGUUGUUUGCCUAAAUUUGCAGAGUCCCACACUGACUCGGAUCUCCCCAAACUCUGUGGUCUCACCUGGAGAAGUCCUUCAGUUCAGAUGUUCCACACGCAGCACAACAUGCAUCUCUGUGGACUUCAGUUUAUAUAAAACUGGGACAUUAAUAAAGAAGCAAACUGCAGUAACUACAACAACAUUUAAUCUGACUGUAGAUGAAUCACAUCAGGGCCAGUACACCUGUGACUACACAUACAGGGAAAGUAACUCUAUAUCAUCCAGAAGCAGCUCCAUUACCAUCACUGUGGUUCAUGACCAGAUCAGGCUGGUGAAUGGUACGAGUAACUGCUGUGGUCGAGUGGAGAUCCAGCACAACGCCCAGUGGGGAACAGUGUGUGAUGAUUACUGGGACUUAAAGGAUGCACAGGUGGUGUGUAGACAGCUUGGAUGUGGUAAAGCAGUCAGCGCUCCUCAUAAUGCCCGCUUUGGACAGGGAAGUGAACCAACCUGGCUGGAUGAUGUUCGGUGUAAUGGGACUGAGAGCUACCUAUAUCAGUGCUCACACAGAGGAUUUGGAGUAGAGAACUGUGGACAUGGUGAAGAUGCUGGAGUUGUGUGCUUAAAUUUUCAGAGUCCCACAUUGACUCGGAUCUCCUCAAACUCUGUGGUCACACCUGGAGAAGUCCUUCAGUUCAGAUGUUCCACACCCAGCCCAACAUGCAUCUCUGUAGAUUUCAGUUUGUAUAAUACUGGGAAAUUAAUAAAGAAGCAAACUGCAGAGACUACAACAACAUUUACUCUGACUGUGGAUAAAUCACAUCAGGGCCAGUACACCUGUGACUACUCAUACAGGGAAAGUAACUCCACAUCAUCGAGGAGCAGCUCCAUUACCAUUACUGUGGAGUCAGGACUGUUGGCCACCCAGUCUCGACCAGAUCUGAUUCUCGCCAGGUGGGAGGCGCAGAAGGAAAGCGUCAGCAGUAAGGACUGGGGUACGGCUUGCCGCCCUUCACAAGCCGCCUCAAAGAGAUCGCAGAAGUCCUGA